GUUUGACAGGCAAAUGUGGUUGGAGCGACGGGCGGCCGGCCGGCCGGCCUUAACGGAUGGAAGGUCUGGGCGAGUGGGAUCAGUAUCUGCUUAGUGCGGCCGCGUUUGUAAGAACUCGAUCGUUUAGCGUGGGGGCCCCGACAUUUUGAAACUCCCUGCCAGGGUUUUCCAAUCUGUUCUUUUCUGAAGCCAUCGUUAUUUAGACAAGCUUGCACAGAUGUUUAGAAAAUUUGUAUGGGUUUUAAUUUGUUUUAUCCCAUCCUCUGCUCCCUCAGCCAAUAAAGCGAGAUGAGCCCCAGAGUCGUCCGCGACUGGACCUAACGGUCAGGGGUCCCUUUACCUUUACCUAUUGCUUUCUGCAUGUUUUAAAUUAUGGUUGUAGUGAUAAUUUUUCGGUAAACCACUUGCAGGUAGUCCCCCCCCCCUACAAUCAGUCGGUAUACAAAGGUAAAGGGACCCCUGACCAUUAGGUCCAGUCGUGACCGACUCUGGGAUUGCUGCACUCAUCUCGCUUUAUUGGCCGAGGGAGCCGGCGUACAGCUUCCGGGUCAUGUGGCCAGCAUGACUAAGCCGCUUCUGGUGAACCAAAGCAGCGCACAGAAACACCGUUUACCUUCCCACUGGAGCGGUACCUAUUUAUCUACUUGCACUCUGAUGUGCUUUCGAACUGCUAGGUGGGCAGGAGCAGGGACCGAGCAACAGGAGCUUACCCCGUCGCGGGGAUUCAAACCACCGACCUUCUGAUCGGCAAGUCCUUUUUGUGAAAUAAUAAUGAAAUAGGUAACCGCAACAUCGGUAUGCAAAGGUCCUUGCUGUUCAGACCAAGCAGGGCUGCUGGGAGAGAUCCCUGCCUGCAGACCCUGGAGAGCUGCUGCCUUUCAACGUAGACAAUACAGUACUGAGCUAGAUGGCCCCAAUGGUCUGAUGCGGUAUAAGGCAGUUCCUCAGGAUCCUAACAGUUGCAGCAACAAUAGUCCAUGUACAUGGCACUUUAUAAACAAUGAGAGCAUAGAUCAGUCUUCCUCAACCUUUGGCCUACAACUCCCAUGAUCCCUAGCUAGCAGGUCAGGGAUGAUGGGAAUUGUAGUCUCAAAACAUCUGGCAGGCCUAGGUUGAGGAAGCAUGGCAUAGAUCCUUGUCCCUAGUGUGUAUGCAGCCUAAGCUUUGUUUUCUUUCUGUCUGUUUAACGUUUUUUUUUUACCCUGUUCUUCAGCUGAAAAAAGGCUGCCAGAACAACAUAUUAAUUAUAUAUCACUUUUCAUCACCAAGUGACCCCAAAGCAGUUUGCAUUUUAAAAAUAUUCAAUACAUUUAUAUGGGGCUUAAUUAUUUAUUUGCAUUUCUAAGUGGUGCACAUAAAAAAAAUAAUCCAUGGAAAAUGGGAAAAUAAAGCAGUUAAAAUAUCAUCAUCAAAUACUACCUGUUCAUAAUAUUAGUAAUAAUAUUAGUAAUAAGAGUCCCUGCUCUCAGGCUUGCAGUCUGACAGCAAAAGGAAAAGGGAGGAGACACUGGGAGCAGGGAAGCAAGUUUAGGCACUUUUUUGUUACAGAAUUAUAGUGGCCAUGUGUCCUUCAAAUGGAGGGCAGUCCUCUAUUUGAAGGUGUCUUGUUUUUUUGAGGUGGCGUUCGGUCCAAGCCUAGUGUAAUGAGCCAUAAAAAGGGAAAUUAACAGUUCAACAGUUAGCACUUGGACAGCAGAAUGAGCUGUCAGAUCACCUGGCACACAGCUCUAAUCAUAGCCUUCUUCACAGUGGUGAGAUGUACUGUAUUUAUAGUUAAAUUAAUCAUUUCUAAAUUUGCAUCUGUUACUAUAAAUUAAUACUGUAGAUGCAAUUUUAAUGCAAAUGUAUGUUCCUCUUUUAGUUAUUCUUUCCUCUUUUUGGGCAUUGCAUAUAAGUGACCGCUCUAUACAACACCACAGCUCAGUUGUAGAGCAUCUCCCUUGCAUGCAGGGAGUUCUUGUAGUGACCAGCUGGAAUGUAAAGAGCUCAAGGAAAGGGGAAGCCUAAAGUUGCUGGCCUUUCAGUAGAGCAAAUGAAGAUGUUCUGCAGUCCCAUCUCUGUCUUAUAGCUGUGUAUAAGUUAUCCUGUUGUGAAUACCAGAUGCUGAUAGUUCUAGCUGAAUUAUGUUUUAUCUGUUUACUAUGUUUUGUCCAUGCUCAGGCCUGAGUCCAGGAGCAUGCCCAAACUAUAAACCUGUGACUUCAGGUGGAGUGUUACUCCCAUCCAGCACAUGCUGGAUUCCUUGUUCUGCUUUCCAGCUGACCAUAGCACUUCUGUCUUAUCUGGAUUAAGUUGCAGUUUGUUGACCUUCAUCCAUUCCAUUACUGAUGUCAGACACCAGUUUAGAACCAAGACAGCUUCCUUGGAUUUAGGAGCUGGGUGUCAUUAGCAUUUUCAUGUGAAUGUUAAAUAGUAUGGGGACAGAACAGAACCCUGAGGGUCCCUGCAGGCCAACAAGCAAGGUGUUGAACAUGUCUGUGGGAAGCCACAAGCAGGAUCUGAGCACAAUAUAUCUCUCUCUGCAGUUUCUAGCAACUGGUAUUCACAAUUCUACAACUCUGACUCUAACGGUGGAGGUAGGGCAUAGUUAUUAUGGCUGGUAGCCACUGAUAGCCUUUGUCUAAAUCUCUUUUAAAACCAAAUAAGAUGAUGGUCACUACUGCCUCUUAUGGGAGACAAUUAUUUUAACUAAGUGCUGUGUGUUUAUUGUCUACAACAUUGUGGUAUUACUGGAUUGUUGUUGUUUUUUACUUUGAGAUCCAUUUCAAGAGUGCUGAGGCUAAAAAGAUGGAUUGAUUUUUUGUUUAAAUAGCAAACCAAAGGCUGCACACUUGGGCACACUAACUUCAGAACUGAGUUCAAUGGGGCUUACUCCCAGGUAAGUGGCAUAGGACUGCAUAUUGAGCAUGUCAUUUGUCUGUUUCAGCCCAAAACUUACACAUACUUACUUGAAAGUAACUUAUAUAAAGAUCAAGCGGAGCUACUCCCUAGUAAUUGUGCAUGAGGGAUUGUAGCCUUCAGAAUUUUUUGCUUUUGCAAAAAGUAAAUCCCAAGUUCAAUAUACAACUGAACUUGCUUCCAAGUAAAUGUGCAUAGGAUUGCGGUCUUGCUUACCAGCAAUUGAAAAUUAUCUAAAUGUACAUCUCAUUACAAGAGGGCAUAUCCUCUAACAUUUGGCCCACAAGGAUAUUUAUACAAUUCCUCCUUGCAGCCAGAAGAAACAGGAAGUGGUUGGGACAUCUAUGUUCCAUACUGAUCUGUCAGAUGCCUUAAUUUAUACUAAUCUAAUAAGCAGUUAACUGCAUACCAUGUAUUCCAUUGUUUCACAGACUAUUCCAAAUUAUGUUUACUCAGCAGUGAUACUGAUUUCAGUGGAACGUAUUUCCCAGUAAGUUAUUUAUUGUCCCAUCAGCCACAGAUUUUCUCCAUAAAAACAAGUAUUGACAUAUUGCAUACUACUGGCAAAGUAUUUGUCACAAUCUGAAGCUCAAUUUUAAUUUUGGCCAUACAAGUCACAGGGAGACAUUGAUUUUUGGAGAGAAUGUAAAGCCACUGCAGUCAGGUGAAAACAUUUUGUCCCUUUCCCCAAAAUUGGUAUCACUAAAGAACCAGUUGCCUCUUCCCUAGCCAGCUAACCUCAGUUAUAAUUUGACAGGUUUUUAGAAAAAAGGGCUUGAAGCUAACAGGCAGUUUAACUGAAUGAGCUUGCCUUGCACUAACAUUCUAAGUACCUGUGUGCUUACACAUAUUCCAGAAUAGUCUUACAGGAAUAUUUAUUUGAAGUGCUAUUCUUUGCAUACACACAUUCUUCAUGUCCAUUGUUCUUUGCUUCCUUACCAGUUCUACAGCAAAUAUAGAUUUGCUCACAGCAGGACACCUACCUGUGAAAAAGUGGGAGACAGGAAUGUCUUGCUGAGUUGAUGGCUGCAGAUGCUGUUUGCAGCAGAGACACCCCCCUCCCUCCUAGGGCUAAAUCAAUAGAACCUGGAGUCCUGCGUAGUUUCUGGCUUUGUGGAGACAAUGUGUUAUGAGAAAGAUGUUAGGCUGACUGAAGGAAAUAAGAGCAGGAAAGGAGGACAGGGCGGGGCAGGCUAUGAGGUGUGAGAAAAAUAAAACAGGGGUAAGAAUGGCUUUUCUGAGGCAGAAUAAUAAUUAUUUUCAAUAUGGCUAACCUGAUCCAAAACACCCACCCACCUCACUCACACACGAAAACAAAGAUCACCACAGCCAAUCACAAGCAAACAAUCACACCCUAGGCCAACCCCAACCUCUCUCACCACCAAAGGAACACAAGUGAACAACACAAGCAACGCUGACACCAAACUCUACAUACAUUAAACAUAAUAGAAACACCGCCACCCGACCCCACCCCCAUCCAUCUUCCCUCUCUCCACCCCCCCUUUUUCUUUUUUCUUUUUUUUUUUUCUUCUCCCCCUAAUGCCUCAACAAAUGAAACGGAUUUGUAAAAAUGUUACAUGGGAAAAAAAAUACGAGGCACUACACUUCUGUAAAACAAGAAAAUCCUUAAUAAAAUAUUUAAAAAAAAAAAAAAAAAAAAAAAAGAAUAAUAAUUAUUUGUUUAUUUUCAAAGCGGAGCCCAAGUGCUGUUCAAAAUGUUUUAUAUGGGCUAUAAGCAUGUUAUGUGUGAAAGCAUUUUAUAUAUGUAACAUUUGACCUACUCACGUCAAAAGGACUUCACAUUGCUCAACAAGAUAGAACACUCACUUAAGCUUCACAAUAUGAUUGUUUUCUUCAAUGAGAACAUGUGUGGCACCAUCCAAUAUGAUGGCUCAUCCUCAGAUGCCUUGCCUAUAAAGAGCAGUGUGAAACAGGGCUGUGUUCUCACCUCAACUCUCUUUGGCAUAUUCUUCUCCCUGGUGCUCUCAUAUGCCUUCAGCUUGACUGAAGACGGGGUGUACUUUCUGUCAAGGAGCAACGGGGGUCUGCUCAACCUGACAUGUCUCUGUGCCAAGAUGAAAGUGUGGCAGGUCCUUAUCCAAAAGAUGUUGUUUGCAGAUGACACAGCCUUGACAGCGCACUCCAAGGAAGCUGUACAGAGACUCAUCAACCAUUUUGCCGAAUAUUGCAUGAAACCGAAGCCUGAUGAAGACCAACAUCCUGGGCCAAGAUAUAUAGCUGCAGGCUACCUCAGUCUCAGCCAAGCGGUACACAAGAUUCCAGAGAUCCUGGCACUUAACCAGGGUUUGUGUUUACUUUAGAAAAUUAAGGCACAACCGAGGCUAUAGUGUAUUAUGAAUUACGGUUUAUUUACACAUAUUUACAACCUGAAUCCUUCAAUGGAAGGGUGCAGAACAUUACACCUCAAGAGUGUCUUUUGUUGCUUCCUCAACUUCAGUAAGCUUGAGUCCAUGGCAGAAACCAGCCAUGCUCCCUGGCAGGGACAUACCUAGGGAAUGGCUAGGUUAGCGCUAAAAUCACACCAUUCCACUCUGGUUCGGAGUAGCCAUAAGUCUGCUUACCCAACCAUGCACUCCCUAGGCUGUUCCUCCACUGCUCUGGGCAGUCAACAUCUCCAUGCCAAGGGUGCAAGGGGACAGGGAAAGGGGUGCCAAUACAGUUCCUUGCCAAGCAUCUCUGUUCCUGGUCUCCUGGUGCAGCCUAUUGCCACCUGUCACUCUGGCAACUUCAGUUUCAAAAACCUGCUGCAAAAGGCACUUUUUCCUGUGAUGACAUCACACCCUCUGCAACUGGUUCACAAAUUUAGUUAUCUUCCCUUGAAGGGCUAUUGACUGGAUAUCAGCACCAUUGUUUCUUCAAUGGCCCACCCAUGGCUAGCCACCACCAACCUGGCCUCAUGAGGAGGUUAACUUGCUAAAUUAAAUAAUUUAUCAGUUUGCUCACCUUUACUGAAUCUAGGGAUUUGGGAGGUCUUGCCACCCCAUCCCCCAACAUAGAGAAACUAUUUGAUAAUAGAGUGACAUAGCUGAUAAUGCUGGCAAAGAGGAAAUUCCCAGAAUAAAGAUAUGCUUUAUUCUGCUCCUUAGAGAGGCAACUGUGCUGAGAUUGGAUUCCCCAAUUCUUUGGAUGUAUUAAUGCUUGUGUUAACCUAAGGCUGCGUGCCUUUAGGAGUAUUCUGCCCUCUUAGUGGCACAGAAUGUAGUGUACAAGUUAUACAUAAAGGUAAAGGGACCCCUGACCAUUAGGUCCAGUCGUGGCCGACUCUGGUGUUGCGGCGCUCAUCUCGCUUUAUUGGCCAAGGGAGCCGGCGUACAGCUUCCGGGUCAUGUGGCCAGCAGGAGUAGGCCGCUUCUGGCGAACCAGAGCAGGGCACGGAAACACCGUUUAUCUUCCCGCCAGAGCGGUACCUAUUUAUCUACUUGCACUUUGAUGUGCUUUUGAACUGCUAUGUUGGCAGGAGCAGGGUCAGAGCAAUGGGAGCUCACCCCGUUGCGGGGAUUCAAACCGCCGACCUUCUGGCAAGUCCUAGGCUCUGUGGUUUAACCCACAGCGCCACCCGCGUCCCUCAAGUUAUACAUACUGUAUGUAAAAAGGAAUGGCCCUGUCAGCAUGGAAAGGGAAAAGAAGGCACUUCAGGACACCACUACCCCUAUUUAUUCGAAGUAUCCCUUCACAGGAUAUAAACCCGAAAGGCCAAACAAAGCUAGUCCAAGUUGCAGCUACCUCUGCUGCUUGGGCAGCCAAGUGGCUUGCAAGAAUCACAGACAGCUGCUUCCGCUCAUUUGCCCCCCAUCGUCUCUCGUUCUCAGGGCAGGAGUCUCAAUCCCCACAGCCACAUGCGGGGAGGAAGCAGCAGUGGCCCAUCCUAGCAGCAGACCCUCCAAGUGUCCUUAUUUUCCAGGGACACCCCUGAUUCAGAGAAGCUGUCCCGGUUUCUGAUUUGAUCCCGGAAUGCUCCACUUUCCCUUAUUUUCAUUGGAGAAAUGUUGGAGGGUAUGGCAUUAUCUGACCCCCGAGCCGUUUGAAGGCAAUCCUGUAUAGGGAAGGGGUUUUUUAUGUUUAAUGUUUUAUUAUGUUUUUAUAUAUGUUGGAAGCUGCCCAGAGUGGCUGGUACAAACUCAGUAAGAUGUGUGGGGUAUAAAUACUGUAGUAAAAUUAUCAUUAUGGAGUGGGGCGUCCCUGUUUUCAUCGGGGAAAUGUUGGAGGGUUAUGUAGCAGUGACCUCGUGCUUCUGGGCGCUGCAGUGGGCCUCACCCCAAUCACCGGGCCAUAUUCAGAGAGCGAGCACAGCGUACUGACAGCAGCAGCUCCGAUCCCCGUUGCUCCCUUACGUGGGGCGGGGGUGAGAAAGAGCGAGAGCGGGAGCAGUCGGCGUCUCCAUUCCCUCAGCCUUCCGCUCUGGGCGGCGAAGCGGGCGGUUUUUGGCCUGCUGGGGAAGUGCGGUGGGGAGGCGCCGCUCGAGGCUGUGGGGGCUGGUUGCUGCCGGUGCCUCAGAGCAACCAGCUAUGCUUAUUCGGGGAUUGUGUUGAGAGAUUAAUAGUGCUUCCUCCCACACGGGAAUUGGUGGUCUCAAGGAGAAGGGGGAGGACGCCUUCGCGCUCUCUGCCUUUUUAACUGUGAGGCCUCUAGGUUUCUAUUUCGACAUUCCCGCAGGUUAGCCGCAGGCCUAGGCCAGGCCGCAGAGCUAGGAGUAGGAGGUGAAGAGAGCGCAUGGGCCUACCCGCGACGUAUGAGAAAUGCCCUUCUAUGCGGGUGCCUGCUGCGCUCGGCCAAUGAGCGGGAGGCUUGCUGGAGGGUGCUCGCGCGGCCCCGAGGAGUCUAUAAAAGGAAGCGGCGCGGGAACGUGCUUUUCCCCCUUCGGGUAGCGCCGAACUGCUGUGUCUGCUCGUCCGUCAGGAACUGCGCGGGAGGGGCGGAGCCGCGGCUGACGACUACGGCAGCAAGAGGCUCGUGGAACCGGAUCGCGGGGUCGCCUGAGAUCGUGAGGGGAGCGGCUCUUUAAACGUGAGUUCCGAGAGCCCCCGAGAGGGGAAGGCGGGUGGUUGAGAGGCGGCUUGGGCACCCGGAGAGGCGCCUUCCUUCCCCUUGCUAGGCCCCACUGACGGGAGGGCGGGGGACUUCCGUUGUUGUCGCUCGCGCAGGUUCGAGGCAGCGGCAGCAUCAGCCAUGGCCGAGGUGGAGCACCAGUUCGGCGCCACCCAAAAUGGGCACGAGGCUGCGGCAGCAGCGGCCGAGGGUUCCGCCAGCGGCGGCGAUGAGGAGCAGCAGCCGGACCAGCAGCUGGAGGAGGAGGAGGAAGAGGAGCUGGCGGCGGUGGCCGUAGCCGAGGAAGAAGAAGAGGAGGAGGAGGAGGCGGCGGCGGCGGCGACGGAGGAAGAAGCAGCGGCGGGGCAGUCGGAGGCUUCGGCGGAGGCCGCUGGGAGCCAGAACGGAGCCGAAGGCGACCAGAUCAACGCCAGCAAGAACGAGGAGGAUGCGGGGUGAGCAGAGCUGCUUCCUAAUCUUAUCAUCACCUUUAUUUUUCGGGCGGGCCGGGCCGUAGAAAUAUGCUCGGGAUGACAGGCCCGAGGCCCUGCCGCUUCGCCUCAGCCCUGCGCGCCCUUUUCCUGCUUGGUACGGGCUUUUGUUUGAAUGUGGGGUUUUUUGGACAAAGGGUAGCUGUUGCGCUAUAGCGGGGCGGGGGGGGGGGCGCUUCGCUUCCCUCGCGACUUUGCUUUUGGGGGUGAAGCACACAAUAAGCCGGGCCUGGGCUGCGACGGCGGGACCUCCUCCUUUGUUCUGGAGCUGCCUUUUGUUGGCGCCAUGUGGUGGUGGGGGAGGGGCUGGGCGCAUUUUUUUUUGCUUUUCGGAGCUGUGGCGAGUUUUUCCUUGCGCGCUUUUUUUGGCGCGAUCGCUUAGCGGUGUGUAGGGACCGCGUAAUAGGGUUGCAGAUCUACAAAAUUUGAAGAGAUAUCUCAUAUCCCCCGCCCCCUUCUCCCCCGCCUCCUUGCGUGCUUUCCUCAAAUACACUGACUCGCUUCCUCUUGCCGCUUGACGGAAGUCGACGGUAGUUGGGUGAAGCGCGGGACACUUUCCAUAGGUGCGUUCUUGUUUAGGAAGUUUGAUAUCUUAAAAAGUAACCUCCUUGAAGUGAAACUGAGCAGUUUGCCUUCAAUUCUUGGACCACAUUUGACCUUCAGUUCUGCCCCGCGUCCCCCCACCCCCAUUUUUUUAAUGUUUCGUUAGCGAUUUCAGUUGAGAGACUCUCCUAAAAAGCAAUUGGACAAACAAAACCCCCUUCAUUUGGCUCCAUGCUAUUUUAUUGGCUUUGCAGCGAUGGAGAUGCUUUUUAAGCUUUCAUACUUAAAUGGGCAACAUUGUUUGUGAAACAGGAGCAGUGAAUGUAUAAACAAAACUUGAUCAAACAACUAAGCAGUUUCUAUAUUAAUCUUGGGUUUUUUUAAUGCAUUUGAUGAAAGUAGGUUGCUUACAAACAUUUAUGCUUUAAAAAAGCAUCAUCAUAGUACUUUUUGCUGCUGCUAGGUAACACUCUUUCUCCCUUUAGGAAUAGAACACAAAUUUUAUGAUACAAGUAAACAAUAUUCCAGACUGCUUAGCAAAUGCUAAAUAGAAUUUCACAUGGUCUCUUACCUGAACUGUAGGAUAAACACUGACUGUAAACAGUCAGUUGAUACUUUUUAAACUUUGUAAGUCUAUGCUUUUUAUUUCUUUUCAUUUUAUUAACCAUUUGGGACUAACUUGUUUGAGCGACGCUCCUAUGAUGAGACGCAUCUUAGGAACGGUUAAGAAAUGUGUUGUGAGUAGUGAUUCCCAAUAUGUGGCUUAAUGAAACUGCUAAGUCUUAUUUCUGUUGUAUCAGUAACGUAAGACAUUCAAAUCAACAUAAAAAGGUUAUGAUGCGCAAAUUUGGUAGGCUUCUUUUACAUGCUUGAUUUUUGAAAUGUCAGAGGAGUAUGCAGCAUGUCCAUAAGUUACUAAAAGUAUUGAGCAAUAAUCAUAGAAAGUAAAACAGGUACUCAUUUAUACCUGUUUUGAUGAGACUAGAAAUGACAAUAUGAGUUGCAAUAUUUUUUCCACUUAUAAUAUCAAUGUGUAGCAUGCAUAGUAUUUUAACCUUGUAUUUAGUUUUUGUUACAGACAGCUGAAACCUGAAAUAGACUGAUUUGGGAGGAAAUUGAACUUCUAAUAUAACACUUUGUGCUUAUUUUCUGGUAGUUAAAUCUAAAUGCAUAUUUGGGAAGUGAGAUUUAAUGUCACAGUUUAAAGGAAAUUGAUGACAUCAGUUGCCUGUUUAUGUUGCAUGUUAAGACACUGACUUUCAUAAUUGUAAGCACCUUAGGCUAUACCAUUUUGCUGCUGCAUUAAAGUUAACAUUUAAACAUUAUUUCAGGAAAAUGUUUGUUGGUGGUCUCAGUUGGGAUACAAGCAAAAAAGACUUGAAAGACUACUUUACAAAAUUUGGUGAAGUGACUGACUGCACAAUAAAGAUGGAUCCUAACACAGGCAGAUCAAGAGGUUUUGGAUUCAUUCUGUUCAAAGAGGCAGCAAGUGUUGACAAAGUGAGUUGAAAGGAUUCAAACCCUAACAUUUUAAUACUUUUGUAUAUCCUGCCAGUUUCAUUCUGAUUUAUUAAACUACUUUGUAGGUUUUGGAACAGAAAGAACAUAAAUUGGAUGGCCGAGUGAUUGAUCCUAAAAAGGCAAUGGCAAUGAAAAAGGAUCCUGUGAAGAAAAUAUUUGUUGGUGGACUUAACCCAGAAGCAGCAGAAGACAAAAUCAGAGAAUAUUUUGGAGAGUUUGGAGAGGUGUGUAAUCAGGGAAAGAGUUUAAAUAGAAUAGGAACUAAGAAAAUAAGAAUUAUGUUGAAACAGACCAAAGGCCCACCUAGUCCAGCAUCCUAUUCUCACAUGAGAAUUUCAGAUUCAGAAUUACAUACCGUAUUUUUCGCUCUAUAAGAUGCACCAGACCACAAGACGCACCUAGUUUUUGGAGGAGGGAAACAAGAAAAAAAAAUAUUCUGAAUCUCAGAAGCCAGAACAGCAAGAGGGAUCGCUGCGCAGUGAAAGCAGCAAUCCAUCUUGCUGUUCUGGCUUCUGGGAUAGCUGCGCAGCCUGCAUUCGCUCCGUAAGACGCACACACAUUUCCCCUUACUUUUUAGGAGGGAAAAAGUGAGUCUUAUAGAGCAAAAAAUACAGUAAUUGGAAAUAUAGGGUAUACUUUGGGCUCUAGAGUCAUAUUGACUGCUACAUGAUAUGUACACAUUCAUGCACCUGAUAUGUCAGUCUUUCAACCAACCCAUAGUUGGGAAAAAUAUGGGAAUUGGAAAUGCCCUGAUAGUCCUACAUAAAACCAUGUAUCACUGCAUACUGUAGUAGCUAGAUCUGACACUGACUGAUACGGUCUUAAAUGAUACUGCUUUUUAGGAUCUUAAAACUUUUCCUGAUAAACACUGUUCAGUCUGAGGGAUUGAGCCUUGGAUGUAAUAAUUUGACAAGUCAGUAGACCAAAGGCCUCCCCCCAUUAUAGUUUCAUAAAGCACUAACCAUUUGCUUAUGAAACCCAGUUGUUGCUUUCCUCCAAGAAAAUCUUAGAACUUAACCAUUGAAUUCAACUUACUUUAACACUGGGCAAUUGUACACUGAAAUCUGAGACUUGCAGGAUGGGGUUAUAAGGUACAGUAAUGCAGUGAAAUUUAUGAAACUUUGAAUGGAAAUUAUGUUUCAUUAGAUUGAGGCAAUUGAACUACCAAUGGAUCCAAAGACCAAUAAAAGAAGGGGGUUUGUGUUCAUCACCUUUAAAGAAGAAGAUCCAGUGAAAAAGAUUUUGGAGAAAAAAUUCCACAAUGUCAGUGGUAGCAAGGUGGGUAUUCAUGUUUUAAUGAACUAACUAUAAGAUUUUUUUUUAGGGGCUGUUCAUACAGUGGUUAAUUUGUGUUUAUGUGAAAAUACAGUUGGAAAAGAUUUACUGCUGCAUAGCAUUUAUAGUUUGUUUGUUCAGAGCUGAAGACACCCUUGUUCUAAAAUACUAUCUCUGGGUAUAUAAGCUUUCAAUGUUAAUAUUUCCUGAACAACCAUGCCUAUUAACUAGGUCCCAUAACAACUGAAACCUGAUUGUGGUUGAUCUAAUCUAGUUGUAUAUGUAGGCUCAUUAUAAGACACACAAGUUUGUUUUUCUUUUUCUCCUCCCUUUCACACAAGUGUCACACCCACCCACACCCACCCACAAGUUUGUGUAAAGGCCUGCGAUGAUCCCUGCACACACCAUGUGUUACAGCUGGAUGAAGAAAACAAGGCUGUUCUAUUCUAUGAGCGUCUUUGUGCAUGGAAGCUAUGCACAGGGACUGAAUGAGCCCAUAGGUUUGGAACGUAAUAAUGCUUACAGUCUUUUGCUCAUGCAGCCCCCAUGCCAUCUGCACAAUAGAAUUACAUCUUAAGAGACAGCCAAAGAAUUACAUGCAAUUUGUACACAUUUAAGGAACCAGCGUAAGAUCACUCACUUGAAAGUUUAAGGCUGCAAUACUACAAUUGCUUAUUUGAAAGUUUUCAGAGUCUAGUGUUUCCAGAAACAAGAGCUGGUAGUUACUUAAUUAUUCUUCUCUAGGUUACAGAAAAUAAAAUGGCAAUACUGAUUUUAGUUGGUAGUGUCCAUUGGGGAAAUGCCACAUUGCUUGAGUAGUUGAAGGACAUAAAAUAAUGGAAGGAUAUCCAUAUGGUUUCCACAAAUGAUCUUUGUUAGCAAGGUGGAUCAGAUGUAACAUCAAAUCACGAUUGCAAAUCCCUAUACAAUUCAAGGAGCACCUUCCUUCCUUCCUUCCUUCCUUCCUUCCUUCCUUCCUUCCUUCCUUCCUUCCAGAACAGCUUCCAUGGAAACAAGUUGGAUGUUGCAUUUCAAACUGCCAUAUAGACCCGGCGGGGGGGGGGUGACUUUGGUAAUAAAGUGCCCUGAGUGAGGACAAUAUUUGGUGCUCCCCACCCCCCAAAAAUAUUUUUACAGUAAUUCCUUUUGGUAGUUAAGAGUAGGUACAAAUAUAGAUAGUGGUUUUUUGGUUUUUUUUAGUGCUGUUAUAGGUUGUGUGACCCUUUUAGACUAUCAUUAAUUUUUUAUCUUGAUUUGCAGAGUUCCUACAACCAUAGUUUGUUGGUGUGGAUGCAGUGUGAAAGUAACUCAAUUGAGCCUGUAGGGAGGGAAGACAGAGCAUAUAAUAGCACAGGGCUCUUUGAUUUAUGUUAUGCUGGAUAGCAUUUCCAAUAUCUAGCACAGGAGUAGGCAAACUCAGCCCUUCAGAUAUUUUGGGACUACAACUCCCAUCAUCCCUAGCUAACAGGACCAGUGGUCGGGGAUGGGGAGAGUUGUAGUCCCAAAACAUCUGGAGGGCCGAGUUUGCCUAUGCCUGAUCUAGCACCUAUCUUGCUAGUCCCUGUGUCUAGUAGAAGCCAAAAAAAUGAUUAAUAGUUUUUAGCCACAGAUGUCAAACCUUAAGAUAGAAUGGUCACUUUUAAGAGACCAGUGUAAUUUAUGGCGUUUGGGACUUCCUUUGCAAGUUUUAUAGACAUUAAACCAAUGUUUUUAAAACAUCUACAGUGGUGCCCCGCAAGACGAAUGCCUCGCAAGAUGAAAAACUCGCUAGACGAAAGAGUUUUCCGUUUUUUGAGUCGUUCCGCAAGACGAAUUUCCCUAUGGGCUUGCUUCGCAAGACGAAACGUCUUGCGAAUUUGUUUCCUUUUUCUUAAAGCCGCUAAGCCGUUAAUAGCCGCUUAGCCGCUAAUAGCCGUGCUUCGCAAGACGAAAAAACCGCAAGACAAAGAGACUCGCGGAACGGAUUAAUUUCGUCUUGCGAGGCACCACUGUAUUGGAUUUUAAGAUAAAUGAACCAAGGAAAGUUAACAAAAUAGUUUUGCAAUUGCCCUUGUUCCUGAAAAGCUUCUUGAAAUCUCAACUCAGGCAACAACACUUUGUGUAAAUGGAUCUCCACUCUGCCCAGUUUUAUGUACCCACAUAGUUCAGGAGUAGCAAACACACCCCUUUCCAUUACUCUGGAAAGACUUUUUGGAAGAAAUCAGGGACAAAGGGGCAGUAAUCUUUACUUCUAUUAUUUUUUGUAGUUUUACUUACCUUAAGUGCCAAGACAACUGGUUAAAAACAGACUUUUGGCUUAAUUUUAAAAAUUGAUUAAAAUACAUAGUCUUACCACCAUGUUCUUUGUAAGGCGAAGCUUACAUUGUUUAGGAUGUGCUUUGCCAUACCAAACAAGUCAAAGGAGGUUGCCUGACUGAUCACAGAGGGGACUGGUUUGAAUGGAAGCAUUUGAUAGAAAACUUUUAAAGGGAAAUUGCAUGCUGUUGACUUAGAAUCCUAGGACAGCAGGUUGACAUGCAUAGCAUUGUUAUUUGGAGGGCAAUUGUGCAUGGAAUAAAUGGACUAAAAUAGAGAGGCUGCCAUCAACUUUAAUCAUUAUAAAUUCUAGUGAUUUGAGUCUUUUUAAGAUGCACACUGAAGAUAAGUGUUUAAAAGUCCUGCUGUCCUGUCUCUUUCCAUCCAGUAGCUAGAGAUUCAGAUGAAAACUUGAAUCUACUCUGAGCCUAAUGUAUGUUAAUAACAUGUGGGAAUUCUAUUCAAAUUAAAAAAAAAUACAUUAUUUCAACCAUAGAUAAAUGUUGGAAGGAAGUGUUUGAAAUACAAACCUUGAUUUUUCCCCCCCAGUGUGAGAUAAAGGUUGCACAACCGAAAGAAGUGUAUCAGCAACAACAGUUUGGAUCUGGGGGCGGCCGAGGAAGAGGUGGAAGAAGAGGUACGUAUUAUGCACAGUACGUUAGUAUGGACACAUUCUAAAACAAACCUCUAUACUAAAAUGGGAUUUUGUGGAUGGUUUUCCUUUCUAUAGCUCAAAGUCAAAAUUGGAGUCCAGGUUAUGGCAAUUACUGGAACCAGGGUUAUGGGAGUCAAGGAUACGGCUAUCAGGAAGGUUAUGAUGGCUAUGGAGGCUAUGAUUAUUCAGGAUAUGGGUAUUUUGGAUAUGGACCGGGCUAUGAUUACAGUAAGUAAAGAGAACUGUAUUAGGUAUAUGUAAGCAUAACUUAAUAGCAGUUUAAUGCAUUUGAUCUCUUGUUUAUAGGUCAAGGCAGUUCAAAUUAUGGGAAAGCUCCAAGACGUGGUCAUCAGAAUAACUACAAGCCAUAUUGAUCAAAAAGGUAUUCAGGUAUGCAGUGGCACGCUGUAAUGCAGAAAACAACUGCAUAGGUUUUGUACUCAAUGCUGUAGAUGGACAUUACAAUUAUGUACCAAAAUUAACUUUACAAUACAUUUCUAUGGCCUGUUAUGUGUAUCUGAAGAGCUCCCUGGAAAUGUCUUUGUUUAAUAUUUACAGAUAAUAGUUGUCUAGACAGUGUGGUGUGUAAAUUUCAGCCUUGCUGAAGAUUAAUGAUUUUAUUGAUAGGUUAAAUUGAAACUGAUUUUGAUGGUCUGCUUAAAGCUGCAGCUCUGCAUCUAGGGACUGCCUCUUGGAGUUAACUAUGAACUACGUUAUUCCAGUUGUACAGAAUGAGAUGCAUUUUAGGGAACCAGUGUCACUUUCCACCUUUUUAUUUUGUAUUGGUUUUGUGUCAUACAUUUCCUCUAACGGAAGUGUUAAUUUUACUGUACUUUUUGGUACCUUUUUGGAAUCUAAUGUAUUGUAAGGUAUUUUACAUGUGUUCUGAUUCACCAUGACAUGGAUAUUGAUGCUAUCUUAGCUUUUGAAUAAAAAAGCAUAAUCUAGUAUCCUGUGCCAUUAUUCCAGCUAUCCUAUUGUAGCUCAGGGGAAAUGCCUACUAGAAUUUCAGUAGAAAUGAUGGUGGCUGGUGCAUAAAUUUCAGGGUUCAGAUUUGGAACAUGUUCUAACCCUAAAAUUGAUGAGUGAUCAGUGAGUUUGGUUAAACAGUUUUGGAUUCAAAGUAGUAUGUAUUGCAAAGCUAAGAAAAAAAUGGUAAUCAGAAUAGGUGUUGAGAUGCUUUCAGGCAAAUGCAUGGACUUAUUGGAUAACUGCAUCUGAUUGGCUUGAGUAGGAAUUAGGGGAAUAGGAAUCUACUUGUAAAAUUAGACAUUUAAACCAGUGUGAGGCUCAAGGCUGUAUUUACACACGCAAGAAAAUGUUAGACACGUUUGCCACAUCAAAGUCUGAUUUUGUUGUAUAUUUGAGCUCACUUGAGCUGCUUUUAGAAACUGGGAAACAUGCUUAGUACUAUAUAUACAACCCCGCCCUCCAGCAUCUCAUGUAGUAUGUGCAUUCUGUCUGAACCACCCAGUAGGCUCUAGUCGAUAAAUGACAGACCACACUUAAAACUGUCAACCUGCCUGGCUUUGUGCUCUUGUGUGCUUUAUUAACUAUUGUUUAGAAUUUAAGCAUUUAAUGCUAAAAAUGCUAAGAUAAUAUUAAAGAUACCUAAAAAGUUGGAUUUUCAGUACUACUUUUGUUUCUACUUUCUAUCUUAUAGCAGCCUUCAAUUUUUAUUAUUUUAACAAAAAUUAGAUCAACUAGGAUGACCUGGACUUUGUAGAGGGAGAACCUUUUCACAUUUUACAGCAUGCUAAGCUGCCUCAACUCUCAUGGUAUUUAAAAUAUGCUGUAUUGAAUGCAAAGCAACAUAGCGCUGCUGUAGCCUGCUGCUGAAUCAUAAUUAAGGUAAUGGGAAGGCUGUGAGAGAUUGUGUUUUCCUCUUAAUACAAAUGCUUCCUCUUUCACCAUUGAGCAUAUUUAGUGUUAACUUUGGUUCUGACAUUGGCUUUAAAAUUUGGUUAGCAUUAGCUAUGGUUUAAAAGUAUGUUGCCAACUAUGAUUAAAGAUGAGAAGGAAGUGGUUGGUCAUGUGACAACUGCACCAAUCUGUAAGCUGAUUUUAUUUUCUAAGUGCAGCUCUUAGGAGACCCAAAUUAGGCCUAAAUAUUACAAGUUCAUGGCUGCUGAAUGGUAGCAUAGCUCUAGUUACUUGGUUUUUUUUUUUUUUAACCAUUUUCAUAGACCCCAUAGUUUGCUUGUCAAAGCAUGAGUGGUUGCAGUGAACAGAGCCUGAAAGAAAAGACUGUGAUUUAGCCUUUUUAUCGCUAAAUGUAAUUAUUCAUUUCUAAAUUGUCCCAUGCAAAAGCUAAAGGCUCCUAUAAGCAAACCCUACUGACCCAAAAGCAGGUUGUCUCAACUAUCAUGAGGCACUACUCAGGAGGCUAAGUGGAAGAGGAAAACCCCAGUGUCGUGGGGCAGUUCUGCUCUGCAUCAUGCAAUUAUGGAUUGUUCCAUACUCUUCCAUUCACUGAGUCCUUACGGGGCAAAAUGAUGUCAAAUUGUUGGCAUCCUGUGGUUUUUUUUCUCCUAUGUUUUCAUGUGCAAAGAAUGGAAAAGUAGUGCAGAUCCAUGUGUGGCUUAUUGUAGCUUUUGCCUUUUUUGAGAGAGGGGGACAUGGUCUUGACACAUCGGGAUGUGAACUUGUUGCCAUGCAUCUGUGCUUUGGCAUGUUUACUGCUGUGGUUCUGGUCAGCACCAUUUUAUUGUAUUAGUGCAGGUUAAACGAUAGCAAGUUGAAUUUUAAAACACUUUUUAGCAUAUUAUUUUUAAAGAUGGAAAUUUGUGUAACUGCAUCUAAAGAAAAUCUAAGAAGCAUGCUCAAAAUUGUCCUUCCAUACCUGUAGCACUAGGAGCCAGCAGUCUGAAGAGAUACUAUGAAAUAAGGUCACUGCUGAUAGGGACACAGUAAAAUUUUAACCAGCAAAUUAGUUCUAAAUAAUGCAGGUGGGUAGUUCCUAAAUCUAUGUCAUCUAAAAGUAAAACUUUUUUUUUAAAGAAUGAACUGUUAUUUUUUAUUAGCAUAGCCAAAUCUGCUAUCUGGUUUAAUAGUUCUUUAGUACCUCCCUUUGAUCCUGAAUGAAAAAUAUAACAUGGAUUUGAUGGUAGGUAAACACUUUCCAUGUAAAAUUGCUUGUUGAAAACAUUUGGAAAAAAGUAUUUUUUCUCUGAAAUGCGUAUCCCUACAAAACUUAGAAAAGAUUCCCGCAUAAUUAAAAUGUUGGUAUGUUUAGGUAUAAGCUUUGCUAACUUUAGCCAUUGCUUGCUUUAUUGUUAGGAAGGAAGAAAACAUGCCCACAAAUGACUGGAAGGUGCUAAUUUUAUAAUAUAAACAGAAAUGAGUGUAAGUUGUGGUUUAGGUUCUGUAACCAAUAAAGCAGUUUGUUUUCUGGAUAAAUCAACUGAUUUUUACUCCACUGCAUGAAGAGUUGGAUUAACAAAUAACAUCUGUAGAGCUUUGAAUUUAUGUACUAUCAGUAUUACAACAAAGACAAUAAAUUUAAUAAUUGUAGUUGGGAAAAGGUAGUAUUUUUGGUAUUGUAGCUUAAGUAAAAUAUAUUAGAAACAUGGUAGAAUUCAGCACCAUGUCUGUAACCUGUAAGAGAUGGAAUGAAAGAAUUAAAUAUUCUCAUUUCAAAGCUCAGUGAAAGUUUCCUUAAUACUUUGUAAUAACAUGCUUAUUGUAGAUUAUACAUUGCUAGGAUAUAAUUGUGUACAUUCAUUGUGUAUUUAGAUUAAUGAAUUGACUGGAUUCCUUCAUGGAGUAUUUGACUCUUUUUUUAUCAUCAGAUUACCUGAAUACUUACCAUAUGAAGGUAGUGGAAGUGAACUUUCUCUAAGCUUCUCUUUUCUCUAGCUCUGUAGAAUAUUCAACAGUAUUAAUUAGAUGAUCUCCCUGUGGCAAAGACCAAUAUUACUGGUUCUUCUUCCAGCAAUACAAAUUUUAUUCUCAUUC